GAGAGAGAGAGAGAGAGAAAGUGGGUUUAGGAAAGAAGGAAAGGGUUUGAGUUGGAGUAUGUUUUGAGUGUUCAACAGGUGGUGGCCGUGGGUGAGGAACCGAAGCAAAGAGGCGAGCAUGCAGAACACGAGCACCUCGUUCGACCACCACAUCGUCAUGUGGCGCAGCAGCAGCAGCAGAUGGCGCCAACCGCAGCUUUCUGCGUCGGUAGGCCUAUCAAUCCCAUCUCGACCAUCAUGUCCACUUCACUCCAGCAGACCUCGAUUGUUCUUGACGACCCAUAUCAAGUCUCAAGAAUGCUUCUCCAAGCCGAUAAGUUUCAGCAGCAGCAAGAGCAACCUCGACUGCAGCAGAAGCUGGACCAUGGAUCAACCUCUGGCUUGGAAGAACUGGUCAUGAGUUGCACCUCAGCUGGAACUAAAGGAGAAGCAUCAAAGCCACAUUCCCAAGAGACAGAAUGGCAUUACACCUACUGGUCACCUGACAAUGCAGAUCACCAUGGAUGAUGACAGAAAAAGAGGAAAGCCAUGAUGCAUCACAAAUAUUGGUGAAGUUCUUACUUAUAUCAUGGAGCAGAAGCAGGUUGGGAUGAAAGAGAAAGAUGAUAGUGUUCCUCAUCACCCUGCAGGUUUGGAUAUGGAGCUGAUGUCCCAGUAACUGUAGACCAACUGUACCAUAAGCUAGUUUGGGCAGAACCAAAUUGCCAACAAGUGUUCCACAAAAGGAAAGAGAAAAAGAGAAACAGAAGAGAGGGCAAGAAAAAGGAAAAAAAUAAUAAUAAAGCUACUGCUGCUUGCUGACAGUAGAAGUAAGGGUUAGGAAAUGACACAAGUAGUUCAACCAUGAACAGAAGAAACAUUCUCAUCAUGCCCAGUAUCAUCUUACCUAAUGUUUGAUUGUUUUAAUUGUAAUUAUUGCUGGUAUCUUCUUUUCAUGCUUUGUUGUUCAUGUGUAUUUUCCCUUGCAUGUCCAAAAGGAAUUAGAAGGGAGAAAACAACAAGAAGGUUUCCUUAAAGAAGUGCUUAUUCUUAUACUAC